UUUUUUGGUUGCCAGCGCGAGAGGCUCCUAUAAGAUCCUGCCAAUUUCUAAACAUUCCCUCACCAUUAGAGUUCUUAGAGUUGGAUUAAGCAUAGCAACAUGGUCGAGCAACUUCCCUCUAUUCUUGAUGCCUCUGCGGAUCCACCUACUCUCUUCGAUGGAACCACAAGGUUGUAUGUGACCUACACAUGUCCGUAUGCCCAAAGAACUUGGAUUGCAAGGAACUUCAAGGGCUUGCAAGAGAAGAUAAAAUUGGUCCCAAUUGAUCUCCAAAAUAGGCCAACUUGGUACCAGGAGAAGGUGUACCAUGAAAACAAGGUGCCUGCUUUGGAGCAUAAUAAUGAAGUUAGAGGGGAGAGUUUGGAUUUGAUCCAAUAUAUUGAUGAAAAUUUUGAAGGCCCGAAAUUGCUUCCUGAAGAUCCUAUAAAGCAAGAGUUUGCCACUGAGCUGUUGAUUUAUAGCGACACUUUAAAUAAAGUUAAUCUUUCUAAAAUUACAUCUAAAGGGGAUACACUUGAUGAAGUUGAUGCUGCUUAUGAUAAGUUGGAAGAAGCUCUUGCUAAGUUUGAUGGACCAUUUUUCCUCGGCGAAUUCAGUCUGGUGGACAUUGUAUAUGCACCAUUUGUUGUUGAAAGGUUCAAGCCGUUGUUUGCAGAGGUAAAGAACUAUGACGUCACCAAAGGCAGGCCAAAGCUGACCAAAUGGAUUGAGGAGUUGAACAAGAUUGAUGCUUAUACAGCUACUAAGUGUGAUCCGAUAGAGCUACUUGGUGGCAUUAAGAAGCGGUUUGGGAUAGAUUGAAUGAAGGUCCUCAAUGCUCCUUGCAGAAAUCAUGCAUUUGAGUCGACAUCCUGUGUUCUGAUGAGGUUCAUGCUGUUCUUCUGCUUUGUGAUGUACAAUAAUAAAGUGUAACUUUUGAGGAUUUGUUUAUGUGUAGUCUAAUAAAAGUGUAUCAAGCCUUCAGAGUUGGAUGGUGUUUUUUGUUUUGUGGACUCCGAGGACUGUUACAUGUUUAGACUAAUAAAGGUUUAAUGCUUCAUAUAUCUAUUGGUA